GGCAGUUUUCACCACACACUGGAGGGCCUUCUGAUCUGAUCUGUGCAGUUACCAUACCUGUUUGUAUGGCAUGCGUGGCGUGUGCAUGCAAUGUGGGUGCGUCGAGCUUGUACCCGGUGCCGCUGGUCUUCAGUUGGAGUCUCAGGUAAGUAACAGGAGCUUUGUUCGCAGCACGGACCAGGGGAACAGUCAGUGAGGCAUAAUCCAAGGCACGCACCUCUGCUGGCAGCCGAAAUAGAGAGUUUGCGUCUUCGCUUCACAGCUGCACUCUCGAUCACACUGACAUGGCAUCCAAACCCAGGAAAGCAUAAACCACACAAUCUGGUCACUGCUCGCUUCCUUCACUUCACUCUUCUCUUCCAAGCAGACUCAUUUCUCGCACCGUAGCACGCAACUUUUCCCACCUUCCUCUAACAAACAGCACACAUCUCAGUAGCAACGACUUCUCUCACGUCACCAGUUCACUUCCGUCCUUCUCAACGUGACAAUAUCUCUCCUUAAAUAGUUAGUCACAAACAGGAUCGCUUCAGAAGACAUUGAUUAAGCCACUAUCUUAUGGAUCACUUUUAUGCUGUCUUUAUCUCCUUUUUGGAGCUUCAAAGUUCUGAUCAACAUUCACUUGCAUUGUAUAAACCUGCAGAGCUGAAAUAUUCUCCUAAAAAUCUUUAUUUGUGUUCAGCAGAAGAAAGAAAGUGGUACACAUCUUAGAUGGUAUGAGGGUGAAUAAAUUAUGAGAGAAUUUACAUUUUUUAACUAUCCCUUUAAAGAACAUCAUUUUUCACCUGAUAGUCUCUUCCGGUUCAUGCCGUUGCUUUCGUAACGUGACGUCAUUGCGCAUGUGCGUUGGACAGGGCAGCAUGGCGGUGCCGUGGAGGCGAUGCUGGACGAGCAGCGCAGGAGCUGGUGUCUUACUGGACUGGUGCUGUGGGAUCAGUGGAAGAGCGUUCACUCAUGCGGCUUCAGCGGGCAGAGAAACAGCCGCUUCCAGAGCGGUAAGACAGGUGCUGGUUAGAGGUGGCCCUGAACAUAAUUUUACCAAACCAAUGUCACUCUCAAGGCACAGUAAUAGACAUCUUUACCCAACACAGCGAGUAUGCUGUUGCAGUAUACACAGUGAUACAAAGUUCAAAGAUCCUUUUUCACUUGCACAGAAGGACUUGCAGAAUUUAUAUGAAGACAUAAAAAAGGAGUUGUUUGUCUCUAAAGUUGAGCUGAAAGUGCUGUGUGAUUAUUACUUUGAUGGGAAGGGAAAAGCCUUUAGACCAAUGAUUGUUGUUCUUAUGGCUCGAGCUUGUAACGUCCACAGCAACAAAGAGGGGGUUCUGCUGCCGGCACAGCGGUCUAUAGCUAUGAUCUCUGAGAUGAUCCACACUGCCAGCCUGGUGCACGAUGAUGUUAUUGAUGAUUCAGACACUCGCCGUGGAAAAAACACUAUUAACAAUGUGUGGGGAGAAAGAAAAGCUAUCCUGGCUGGAGAUUUUAUUCUGUCAGCAGCAUCUAUGGCUUUAGCACGUAUUGGGAACAAUAUAGUGGUUUCAGUGCUGUCACAAGUCAUAGAAGACCUUGUGCGAGGUGAAUUCAUGCAGUUGGGGUCUAAAGAGAAUGAAAAUGAGCGAUUCAAGCAUUACCUUGAGAAAACCUUUAAGAAGACUGCAAGUCUCAUUGCAAACAGUUGUAAAGCAGUUUCAAUUCUGGUGAACUCUGAUCCUGAAAUUCAUGAGAUAGCUUAUCAAUAUGGACGAAACGUUGGCAUUGCAUUCCAGCUUGUGGAUGACAUUCUUGACUUCACAUCAUGUGCAAAAAACCUGGGGAAGCCGUCAGCUGCAGAUCUCAAACUGGGCCUGGCCACCGGUCCCGUUCUGUUUGCUUGCCAGCAGUUUCCGGAGCUGCAUGCAAUGAUCAUGCGCCGUUUCAGCUCUGAUGGAGAUGUGGAUCGAGCCUGGCAAUACGUCCUAAAGAGUGACGGUGUGGAACAGACUAACUACCUCGCCCAACACUACUGCCAAGAGGCCAUCCGUCAGAUCAGCCAGCUGCGGCCAUCGACAGAGCGAGACGCACUGAUCCGACUGACCGAGCUGGUGCUGAGCAGGGACAAGUGAGCCUGGAUCCAGGUUCCAUACUUAGGCAGCUACACCUCUGCAGGGCCUCCACCCAAACAGAGAAUGAAAUUAUUUACACUGCUGUCACUGUAUACUUUACCGUACUGUAAUCGCAGAGCACCCCGUCCGAUCACAGAGUCCUGAGCUGUGUCACCCCUGCACGAGGUGCAGUAAAGGAAGACCUGCGAGAUCAAUGUAAUUCCAGGUGUAGCACAGAUGGAGGUGCCACUGUCACGUGUGUGUCUAUGUGGAUCUGUUACGGAUGCUUGCCUUAACAUCCGUCCACACUAUGAGAGGCCAAACGUCUUAGAUGUUGUUGUCAAUAUACUCAUCACAUCAAGUGCUCAAUAACAAUCAAGGCCUUAAACCACACUGGCUAUGUACUCAAAUUAAAUUUAACAAGGUAUUUUUUUUUAAAAGUAAACAUCCUGUUUGAGUCUCGUUUUUCCAUUUGAGCUGCCUUAGCACAACUUCUACACAUUGAGCUGUGGUGCGUCCCAUUCCAGAAAUGGGCACAAAUCCCAUAUUUCUUAGUGAUAUGUCUAUAAAAUUGACAUUGUCUAUAAGUUAAACAUCAGUUGUCUAAAAUUGUGACACAGGAAGUAACAUCACUUGGACUCUUUCUAUAUGAUGGUGGGAAGACAAGUAAAUCUCAUUCCAUUUCCAUCCUCAUUUUUAGUGCUAUUUAUUAAACUCAACCAUUCAACCCUGUUACCAAAAGUUAUUGUAAAAAAAAUGAUUAAACAAUAUUUUUCUUUAAUUUAUGGCAAUACGUAUAUUGAAAAAACCUAAAAGUUCUUAUUAGGUUGUCACAAAACUUCCCUGCAGUGUUCUGGGAACGUUAGUCUUUGGUUAUACAGAACAUUCUCUUGUUUUAUUUUUAAUAAGUUCUUAGGUUGAAAUAUAAAAAUAUAAAACCUAAAAAUAACCACUAGAGAAUGUUCUGGGAAAGUUAGUUUAUGAUUAUACAAAUCAAACCUAAAAAUAACCACUAGAGAAUGUUCUGUAUAAGUUCUAUUUAUGUUGUCAUACAAAAACGUCCCUGCAAUGUUCUGAGAACAUCCAUUUAUGGUUAUAAAAAUCAAUCCUAAAAAUAUCCACUAGAGAACGUUCUGUAUAAGUUCUUAUUAGGUUGCCACAAAAAUCUUCCUGCAGUGUUCUGGGAAUGUUAGAUUAUGGUUAUACAAAUAAAACCAAAAAAUAACCACAAGAGAACUUUAUGUAUAUGUUCUUAUUAGGUUUUCAUACAAAAACCUCCCUGCAAUGUUUUGGGAAGGUUAGUGUAUGGUUAUAAAAAACAACCCUAAAAAUAACUUCUAGAGAACCUUCUGUAUAAGUUCUAUUUUGGUUGUCAUUCAAAAAUCUCCCUGCAUAUUCUGGGAAUGCUAGUUUAUGGUUAUAAAAAUAAAACCAAAAAAUAACCACUAGAGAACUUUAUGUAUAAAUUCUUCUUAGGUUGCCACAAAAAUCUUCCUGCAGUGUUCUGGGAACGUUAGUUUAUGGUUAUAAAAAUAAAACCAAAAAAAUAACCACUAGAGAACGUUUUGCAUAAGUUCUUAUUCAAUUAUCAUACAAAAACUUCCCUGCAACGUCCUAUGAAUGUUAGUUUAUGGUUAUAAAAAUAACCACUAGUGAACGUUUUGUUCAAGUUCUUAUAAGGUUGUCACACAAAAACCUAUAAAAAUAAAACCUUAAUAGAAUGUUCCCAGAACAUUAGAAAUUAGUUCCCCCCCCCCAAAAUAACCAAAUGGAAACCAUAUGUUAACGUUAUGGGAACAAUCUCUGUUUGGUGGGAAUUUGAUCAAUAACUAGAAACCCACAUUUGGUAAACUAGCUAGUCCCUAAUAAUUGAUCUGUUAAUUUAGGGUAAUUCUGCAACCCUGUUGUUACACCCAGUCUGCCCUUUUUCUUUUUGCAAUUUAUUUUUAAUUCUAUAAAUGAAUUUUAUGUUUAUUGCUACAAAAUAAAAUCACUAAUUUGGGUUUUACACUAUGUCCCACAAAAAUGAAACAGCUCAGAUACAACUUUGUCUUCUCAGGUUGAGCAUCUUUGAUGAGAAAUUUUUUAAUUUAUUUUUUUUUUUAACCCUUUUAGCUCUGAAGGUGUUUUUAAAGAUUUCCUGUUUCAGUGGCAUACCCAAAAUUAAGGGCUUAUAACUUGAUUAAUAAAUAAAAUAAGCAAACAAGUAGGGUCAAGAAAACUUUUCAGAUGUUUUAAUGAUAUAGAUUAUGAAACAUUCUGAGACUCUGAGCCUAAAAAACUGCUGAAAAAAAAGAAAUCACAAAUUUGGUUCUUAUUUUUCUGAUUUGCUAUUAUAUAUCUCAGGUGUAAAUAAGGUGGCUCCGAAAAACUGCUUUUGUUUUGUUCCCAAUCAUGUCACCUGUAACUGAGAAAAAUUGUGUGUUGAUACGACAAAGCAAUCAAGUUAUAGCAUUACAAAAAUAAUUUAUCCUAGGGUGUCUCAAUCAGCUCCCACGCAGCCAUCAUACCGCUCAGGAAGGAGAUGCAUUCUGUCUCCUAGAGAUGAAUGUAGUUUGGUGCGAAAAGUGCAAAUCAAUCCCAGAACAACAGCAAAUUAUUUUGUAAAGAUGCUGAAGGAAACAGGUAGAGAAGUAUCUAUAUCCACAGUAAAAUUAAUCCUAUAUCGACAUAACCUGAAAGGCUGCUCAGCAAGGAAGAAAAUACUGGUCCAAAACCACCAUAAAAAAGCCAGACUACAGUUUGCAAGUGCACAUGGGGACAAACAUCAUACUUUUUGGAGAAAUUUCCUCUGGUCUGAUGAAACAAAAAUUGAACUGUUUGGCCAUAAUGACCAUCGUUAUGUUUGGAGGAAAAAGGGUGAAGAUUGCAAGCCGAAGAACACCAUCCCAACCGUGAAGCAUGGGGGUGGCAGCAUCAUGUUGUUGGGGUGCUUUGCUGCAGGAGGGACUGGUGCACUUCACAAAAUAGAUGGCAUCAUGAGGAAGGAAAAUUAUGUGGAUAUAUUGAAGCAACAUCUCAAGACAUCAGCCAGGAAGUUAAAGCUCGGUUGCAAAUGGGUCUUCCAAAUGGACAAUGACCCCAAGCAUACCUCCAAAGAUGUGGCAAAAUGGCUUAAGGACUACAUAGUCAAUCUGAUAGAAAAGUUGUGGGCAGAACUGAAAAAGCGUGUGCGAGCAAGGAGGCCUACAAACUUGACUCAGUUACACCAGUUCUGUCUGGAGGAAUGGGCCAAAAUUCCAGCAACUUAUUGUGAGAAGCUUGUGGAAGGCUACCCAAAAAGUUUGACCCAAGUUAAACAAUUUAAAGGCAAUGCUACCAAAUACAAACAAAGUGUAUGUAAACUUCUGACCCACUGGGAAUGUGAUGAAAGAAAUAAAAGCUGAAAUAAAUAAUUCUCUCUACUAUUAUUCUGACAUUUCACAUUCUUAAAAUAAAGUAGUGAUCCUAACUGACCUAAAACAGAAUGUUUUCUAUGAUUAAAUGUCAGGAAUUGUGAAAAACUGAGUUUAAAUGUAUUUGGCUUCUGAUUUCAACUGUAUCAUGAACACUAAUUCGGGCACUGGCAAGGGUACUGAUUCACUGAACAUUGGGAAACUUAUGACUCAAUCACCUGCGAUAUGAUAAACUCACACAUUCAAGCCCAGCUGUUAUUAAUCAACAACAUUGCUGUAUCAGUGACACUGUCGUUCAUUUUUGUUGAAGAUAUUAAAACGUCAGUGUCAUGAAAGAUGAAUGACAUUAAAUAAAGAAACACAAAUAUAAAGGAGUGUAUAUUAAACCUACUUUUUACAACUCUAAUAUUUAAAAGAUUGUUUCCCUUUCAGUGUAAUUAUGGAUGAAAAUAACAAAAACUCAAAGAGAAAAUAAGGCUUUAACUUCAUAUAUUUACACUUGAGAGACUUCAGAAGACAUGACGACGUAUCCAGUAAGGGAACAUAGUGAGUAAUGAUGCUCCCUGGUUUUUACGGAGCACUGUGGGAUUUUUUAGGGAGCGAACGUUUCGGUGCCCUGGAACGAUUUUGCGAUUGAGACAGCCCUAGAAAUGGCCGACUCCCUGAUCAGUGCCCUGACGACUGAACUAGGGAACUGAUUGAGACGUGCACACACACAGUGUACAAAAACGCCUACAAGUGUCCAAAAGUCUCUCAAAACAAAUAAAACAUAAUAAUUGUACAUAAGAACUAAUUACACAUGCAAACACAACAAUGACUAAAGGUUUGCAUAGCAUGCAGACAUGAUUUUAGUAAUAAAAUAUCACAGAAUGAGUGACUUUUGACUCAAUGAGUUCCGAGCUUUAAAAGGGUUAAAAGUUUCAAGCUCCAUUUUGAACCAUUUUCACGAUGUGGACGUGAACAAAUACAGGUGACGCAAGUUUGAAUCCAGCUCUUAACAUACCCGAACCGGUUCUCUAUCUCAUGUCUUAUCUCAACAUUCCUCUAAACAAGUAACGAAAGGCAAAAUAAAACAUUCUUCUUCUAGUAACUCAUCAGACACACAUUUUACAUAGAAUGAUUUAUUAUAAAAGACUGUACAAUUACAUUUCAAUUAACAUAUUAUAAAUACAAAUUCCGAGCAAAGUGAGCUUCGAUCCAGAUGGAAUUCAGUUUGAACACUUCAAAAGUUUCAGUAUGACAAAAGAAAAAUCUCAAGGCAUUAGCUUUAAACUUCAGAAAUCACUGGCAGUGUCAGAAGUAGUUUAAUGAAAUCAUAAUGCUAAAGCACUAUCAGUGCUCACCGACAGUGAGCUAGGAUCUGAGUUAGGUAACUACACCAGUUCAUUUCUAAGAAUAAGAUUGUAGUUGACACCUUUCAGUUGUUCUAUACAGAGGAGCUACGCCAACUGUAAUAUUGGUCUCUUUACUGUAAAAUACAACACGGCAGUUACUAGUUACAAACUAUGGCACACCCAAAAAAAAUCCAGAACAUUGUAUGAAUUGUGAUUGGUACUGAUUAGAGACCUUUAGACACUUUACAGCCUAAAUAUUUAAGCUAUCU